AUGGGUAAGUCAAAGAAAAGAUCUAGAGCCUCAAAGGCCCGUUUGAACCCAAUUGGUGGUGGAAAAGAUACACAUUCAAAGGAUAAUGCCUUAGUGACGAAGAAGGUACAGCCACUGUUGGAGAAAUUGCACAGCGCAGUUCCCAAUGACAGGGCUAUGGCUUUGGGCUCUAUCAGUGUGCUAUGUGAGGAUACUCACAUGCGGAAAUUACUGUUGAAGGAGAAGUUAGUACACAUCGUACUGAGUAAGCUGUUGACUGAUAAUAAUACUGAAAUUGUCGUAGAGUCCUUUGGGUUGCUCAGAAAUUUGUCUCUAGAAGAAGGUUACGAUGUCUCUAUUCAUCUGUGGAGAUCGGAUAUCUGGAAAAGUAUAGAUCAAGGUUUUGGUAAGCUAUUGGAAUCAUUGACUGCGUUGCAAGCUAGCGAAGAGCAAAACUCUAAAAGCUCUACUGAAUCAAGAAGAUUACUCUUCGAUUAUGCUGACAACCUUUUAUCAUUGGUGGUUGCCCUAGGCAAUGGCGCAGAUGAAAUCUUACAACAAUUACUGGAAGCUCCCAAGCUUGAACGCCUAUUUGAAGUCAUUGCUCGUCUAUUACAAUACGGAGUGACGAAAUUACCCUUGUCGGUUUUUAACACUGUUCUGGAUCUCCUAUAUGAUUUCAGUUCAGAAUCGUUUGACUUUAUUGAUGCGGUGACCAACAAUAGUUUUCUCUCUGCUUUCGUCAAGAGUUUGCCAGAACAAAUUAACACCCCAGCUUUUAACGAAUUGACAAAGGUUCUAAUCCAAGGUAUUUAUCUGCAGUUCUUGGAUAUGGAUAUUACUUAUCAGCAAGCAAAUGAGAUCACUCAUACGGUGUGCGACUCAGUAAAGGACAUAGACUUUGAACAAGUCAAAAGCGAUCUUUCGACUGCGUCGCAUGACGAGGAGUUGGCUCAAACCAAGGAUUCUCAAGUCGCUCAAAAGAUUAAAGAUUAUACAAAAGCCCGCAUAAGUGCCAUGAUGAAAUUGCAGAGUAUAGAGAUCGCCAUUGAUCUCAUAACAGCAACCACUGAGAUCGUUGCAUCCAUUUAUGAGGAGAAAAAAAAACCACUGCCAAAUGCGCUAUUGGAAACAGUCACAGUUUAUCUACCAGAGAUAUUUCAACACCUGAGCCGAGAUUUCUCGUCUCGUAUCUUAAUUGCAUGGAACAAUAUGUUGUGGCUCUAUCUGACGCUUGAGAUUAAUUUCUUCGAACUUAAUGAAAAUUACAAGAAUUUGUGGGAAUUCGUCAACACAGUCGAUGAGAAACAGCUAGACCUCAAGUUGGGGAAGCUGAGCGUUACUUGGGCACUACUUAAGACUAUUGCGUUGCAAUCAGAGCCCGCAAAGUGGUUAUCAGAGUUCCAAUUAGUGAACAACGAAGCUUUUGCAAAUUCUUUAAUUGAAAAUUACAAGAAGGACAUGAGCGACCAAGAUAUCUUACCAGAGAACUCUAUCGAAUUAGGUCAAAGGUAUAUUGGUAUCCUAUCGACUUACGCAUCCUUCCAACAUCAGAUUCAAAUCAACGAACUGAUUGGUAAAUUCAUCUUGGAACAGCUGUGUGGUCCAAAGCUACCAGCAGAAUUACUGAUUGAAUUCACAAACUCACUUUUCGAGAUAUACGGUGAUGAGAAUUUUGACUAUAAUAAACCUGUUUUCGUGCAAUGUGGGUUUCUCAAAAUACUAGAGACCAACGUGGUACCACAUCUGAAGGCACAGUUUAAGUUUGUGGAUAGGAAUAAAAACUCUCAAUUGAAGGAUAGGUGUAGUGAGUGUUUCAACACAUUAGAAAGUUUUAUUCAUUACAAGAAAAACGAAUAA